CUUGGCUGCGGCGUGGGUGGGUGUGUGAGAAGAGUAGCGGAGUGACAGCGGAGACAGUUAGCGAGGGUCAACGACGACAAUUUAGGACGUUUUCUUCUUCCUUUUCGGGACACCGACGCCGAGGGGACAGAAGUAACCGUGACGUCACGCUCGUGUAUUUACCAAAGAGUGUCUCUCCGCUCUCGCGAGGGAUUGAAAUGCCCUCCGACUUUGUCGCACUUUUUAGCGGGGAGCUCGACGUGACUUUACCCGGAUCCCUGAGCUUCGAAGAAUCGGUGCAUGAACUUCUUCCUCGAGAGUUGGAGUUUUCUUCUACCAUCCAGCAGAACGUAAAAACCAUGAGUCAAACCAGCGGUGGAGAGGCCGGACCCCCUUCAACUGCUUUAGCUUCAGAUGGCAUGUCCUCCUCUAUGACCAUGGAUGGCCCCUGCAGUGCUUUUUCCACCUCUUCUAGCUCCACCAAGCUUUGUAGUUCUUCAGCCACUGAGCUGAACACAGUCCACAGCGGCAAUGCUGAUACAGAAGACAACAAACGAUGCAGGGCGAUACCAGAGGUUCUUGGGGCCGAAGCCAGGAGUUGUAACAGCAACAGUGUUGGCCAUUGCCCGGCUACGAGUGAGGUUGGAGGAGAGAGAGGAGUGGCCUCCCAGGAGGACCAGCCACAUCAGCACAUGAUGCCACCAAAGCGUCGCACCGAACUAAACAUCUCUCCGCCUCCACAAGAUCUGCUUAGUGAUAGUCGAAUGUCCUGUCAAGCAGAAUCAACGUUGGACUCUGAGCACAGCAACAGCAUAUGGAUGGAUGACUCUCUCUCCAACUUCAGUAUCAUGAGCACAACCUCCUACAAUGACAACACAGAGGUACCACGAAAGUCACGCAAACGUACCCCAAGACAAAGGCCAGGGCCCAAGUCGAGGCCUACCAGCGAAGCCAGCAUGGAUGUUUUUGAUGCAGACAGCGCCAAAGGCCCACAUUUUGUCCUCUCCCAGCUCGGCACCGACAACAAAUCUGGACAAAAAGGAAGUUCACAGGAAGCUCCUCAGACACCUCAACAGAAAGGAGUUCUGUCAGUGCAAUACCCCUCCAAGAGUGAAGGGAAGGAGCUGAAGAUCCUUAUUCAGCCUGAGUCUCAACACCGGGCUCGCUAUCUGACUGAAGGCAGCAGAGGGUCUGUGAAGGACCGAUCGCAGCAGAGCUUCCCCACCAUAAAGCUGGAGGGUGUGAAUGAGCAUGUGGUUUUGCAAGUGUUCGUCGGAAAUGAUUCUGGACGUGUCAAGCCUCAUGGAUUUUACCAAGCUUGCCGGGUAACAGGCCGCAACACUACAGCCUGCAAGGAGGUGGACAUUGGGGGAACGACUGUCAUUGAAGUCCCUUUGGCUCCAAGCACCAACAUGACCUUAGCUGUGGAUUGUGUUGGAAUAUUGAAGCUCAGAAAUGCUGAUGUGGAGGCUCGCAUUGGGGUGGCUGGGUCAAAAAAGAAGAGUACACGUGCAAGGCUAGUGUUUCGGGUCAACAUCCCACGUCAAGAUGGCUCAGUGCUCACACUUCAAACACCAUCGUCGUCAAUCAUUUGCACCCAGCCAGCAGGUGUACCUGAGAUUCUGAAGAAAUCACUGCAUAGCUGUUCAGUCAGGGGCGGGGAGGAGCUCUUCAUCAUUGGCAAAAAUUUUCUCAAAGAUGCCGAAGUCAUAUUUCAAGAAAAUAUCUCCGAUGAAAAAUCCUGGAAGGCGAAGGCUGAAAUCGACAUGGAUCUGUUUCACCAGAACCAUUUGAUAGUGAAGGUUCCACCAUACCAAAACCAAGACGUCACCUCUGCGGUGUGUGUGGGCAUAUAUGUGGUCACCAAUGCUGGGAGAUCCCACGACGUUCAGCCAUUUACUUACAACCCAGAUUCAGGAAACAGUGAAGUUUUUGUGAAGAAAGAGAUGUCCUCUCCAGUGAAGUGUUCAUUUGAUGACAAAAUUCUAAAUAGUGCCUUGAUGCCUCCACUUCUGCCUCAAGUGAAGAAAGAAGAAGUCACUCCAAUGGAGGUCACAAACAACCUUCAAUCCUCUGGGGUGUUUAAGACUCAGGAUCUCUGUCCAGUGCAACAGAACUUAGACAUGUCUACAGGCCAUCAGAAUAAGAACAGAGAAUUUUCCAACACAAUGGCACAGCCUGCUGGUGAUUCUGGCAAAAGUCAUGCCCAAUUUUUUUCCAAUACAGAGCCUUUAACUACAAUCCAGAAGCAGGAACUGCUGCGAGAAGUUAGCUCCCAGCAGUUCCUCCUUGAGCAAACCGUUAGUCUUGGGCAAGAAACCCAAGUCAGUAGCUCUGGUUCUGUUGGAGGACUGUGUGGCGAUCCACCACCGCAACAGCAGCAACUGUCCAUGUUCCCUUCAGAUGGAGUAGCCCAGUUAGAAGAAGCAGUAAGACAACUGAACCCUCAAGAAUUCUGUAGUAACAACUCAAUGACCAACCAACAGCAACACAUUCAGCACCAACAGAUACAAAACCAACAAAUUCAAAAGCAGCAGCAGCAAAUUCAGCAGCAACAACAGCAUAUUCAGCAGCAACAGCAGGCUUUGGAGAACCUACAACACCGGAUAUUUCAGUCACAAAUUCAGAUACAGCAUGUUAGCGUGGAGCAGCAGGGCUCCUCACCAGGUGUUGUAGCAAACCAAGGAGCUCUCUUCCAGCAGACGCAGCAGCAGCAACAACGCACAGCUCUCUAUCAGCAGACCAAUGAACUGCUUUCUAUUCAGACUAACUUCCUCCAUCAGACACCCUCACAGCCCUCACCACCAACAUUCCACAGUACAAAUCCUUUGGCCAAAGCGCAAGAUUCCCAAGGGGGUCUGUUUCAUAGCCAGAAAGCCUCCAACACUCAAGAGCAGGUGCAGGCUGCAUGCUUCCAAAACACCAACACCAUGACAGUUCUACAGUCUCCAGUCCAGCAACCCCCACCCUCGAGUCUUUUCCUUCCCCAGUCAUCUCUUUCAUCUCAGCUUACAAACAGUAGCAGCCCGCAGCAGCAACUAGCCUUCCUCAAUGCUCUGCAAACACCUGCACCUGAGCAGCAAACAGCAUUUCAGACUCCCACACAGCUCUCUCCCAUUCAACAAGGUGCGCCAAUGGAGCAACAGCAGCCUUCCCAGACAUCUCAACAGCAAGCUCUGUUUCAGAACAUCACUCAGCAUACAGCUGCAAACACACUGUCUGCAGGUCAACAGCAACAACCACAGGCCGGUCUACUAUUCUGUAACAACCCACUGUCCACCUCGGACCAGACUUCCAGCAUCCUGUUCACCAAUCAGGCGCAGAUUCCUCCAUUGACCACCAGCAGUGUAGUCUCCCCAGAGACACAGAACCCUUCAUUGCUUUUCUCUCAAGCCCAUAUAGUGACGGUAAACCAGCAGGACCGCUCGGAGCCCAUGGCCUUAAGUAAUCCUAAUGAAACAUGUCAGCAAGUGCUGUUUCAGGAUCAGCAACCAAUGCAGUUUGGAACAACCACAAACAAUAGGCAAGAGCAAUCUGCGGUGCUCUUCAUGCCUCAACCAAACAUAACCUCCCUGCAGGACGGACUGGCUGUUCAAGAACUCGCACAGUCAGCCAUGUUUGGCUCGCAGAACGGUGUGACAAACCUACAAACGACCACCUCUUCGCCUGUCCAGCAGCCGGGAACACUGUUUCAGUCUACAGUCAGUGGGACCAUCAGCCAGCCAAGCCAGCCUCAACAACCUGAACUCUUCCUUUUUGGCAUUCCAAAUGAAUGUGGUCAGCUGAUGAAUGCACCAGGAAACACACUGUCGGAUCAGAUCAUAGCCAUCAGCCAGUCUGGCCAUAACCAAAGAGAAAGUGAGGCCCGAAUUCAGUCGCUCUACAGCCAGUCGCUGUCACAGUCGGUGACGGGGCAGAGCAGCAUGAAUGCCUCACAGAAUAUGGAGAAGAUUGAUGACCUGUUGGUCAGCUGCUUGCAAGAGCCGGGCAGCAGCUUAACGCGUUCAUACUAAUCAUAAAUUUUAUUGUUAUAUUAUCAAACGUAAACGAAGAGUCAAAACUAUUAUGUGUAUCAAGAUGUAUUGGAAGCUUUGUACAUUGACCUGAGCAAUGGAAUGAUCUUCUAGCAUUGGAUUUGGUCUCCUUAGACAUGAGAAUUUGAAGAAACACUGAUUGUUACGUAUUAUUUGCCUUGAGAUGUCUCAUUGAAAACUUCUUAAAGUGAACUACAUCUGAGUGAAAUAGAAGUAUCGCUUAAUGAACUAAUUGUGUUCUUGAAGGUGUGUAGAAGUGCCCCUAAAAUGCUCCCAUGUAUUCUGCAUGUGUUCCUCUCCUUAUUUCCCAGGAGUUGGAGUGCAUGGCAGGAAAGACUGUCGUGUGACUGUAAUGUGAUUGUAGUGAGAUUAGAAAAUAGUACAGAAACUUUACCAAGAGAAGGAAUACAGGAGAUGGAGAAAUGAAAUGGAGAUGCUCUUAUGCAAUUAUGUCAUAACAUAUAGACUAAUAUUGACAUAUAGGUGUGUUUAGACCUGUGUUCCUCAAAUAGUGGAUCUGAAACCCCUGGGGGGUCGCGAGCAGCAGGGGAGAGUUUGAUUAUUUUUGUUUACACUCUGGUAUUCAUGUUAGAAUGACACACACACCUGCAGUAAGGUGGCAGCAACGCUCAAUUUAAUCAACAGGCUCCCUGUUCCACCUAGUAGAAAUUGUAAGUACACAGGAACAGGUGUACAGAGCUGGCAGAGGUAAAGAUAGGGACAACUUUUGGGACAAGAAAAAGUAGUUGUUAGCAGGAUAUUUAAACAAUUUAACUUGCACUGUCCGUACAGACAAAUAAAUAUCCAGUUCUUAAUAGUAAUUAAAUUCUGUUCCCCAGGGGGUUCAUGAGAGAAAAUACCGGUAAUUGAAAAGUACUGCUUUAGAGCAUUAUUUGAUCUCCACAUGGACCAAAAUGUGUAAAAAAAAAGUUUUAGAUAUUUUUUAAUCAGAUCGACAAUAUUUUGUCACAGGGUUGCUGAAACUAACUAUAAUUUCCCCUCGAGGUUUUGUGGCAUUCUUUUGUUAGCCGUAUGACUAAAUGUGACAGAAAAUAGCACUGACUUUAAGAUAACUGAGGAAUAUUCAAAGCAAAACUUUCAUCAGACUACAUAUACCAAAUAACACAGAAUGUAAAGUACUUAAAUAUUGUGUCAUUUGUCCUUUGGAAGUGUCAUAUUGAUCGAAUCACUCUGUGUCAGGUACGCCUAACCUAGAAUUGAAUUCUUACGCUUCAAAAGCUUGCCUAUGCCAGGAAAGAAUGUUUUCUUUGCUGUUUCUGAUUACAAGAUCUUGAGAACGUAUGCUGUUUUGGCUUUAGGUGUUCCAAGCUAUCUUUAAAAACUGAAUGAAUUACCUGAAAUCAGAUUCUCCCUACCAACGAGGGGCAGCCAUUUUCCAGUCUUUACCAUGAUUGUGAAGUAUACUGCAAGGAAAUCAACAAAGCUAAGCCAAAUAGUUUAUGACACCGAGAUUCAGUCAGGAGGUGUAAUUCAGGACUAAAGACUUCAAGUUGAAGCCCUCACCCUGCAGUAAGAGAUACAAGAUCCCUUUAACAUUUCCAAAUGUCCUUAUGUCCGUACUCAAAAAAAUGCCUUUUAGACUUCUUUAAUGCACGGCAUCUAGUCAAUGAUAAACAUUAAUUUGUCAAUAUUUUACUUCAGUCAUUCUUGGAGUUGACGAGAAUUGGCUUGCUUUGUAUAAAUCUUGAGGAAGGGCCAGUUUUAUGGCUUCUAUUUAGUUUUUUUCUACUGUGCCAUUUAUUAUACAUUAUUAAAAAAAAAAAACAUCUCCCAUCAAAUAGCAAAGUCCUCCUUUUUUUGCUUCUGGUACUUUAUCGUGCUCCCUUGUUAUUUAAAAAAAAAUGGUUGGAACGUUUCAUAUUUCUGUGAACAAGGGGCUGGUCUCUGACAAAAUACUUAAUACAGUGCCUCAAAUUUCCUAUUUAUGCACAGUCUGUAAGAAAUGCAGUCAGUCGCCUUAGGUAAUGUAGAUGUGUACCUUUGAUUAAUGUGAUUCAUGGCGUGCUAUGUUGGUUUGAGCACAUCUGUUGUUCAGUGGGACGUUACUCCAGAAGGACACCUGACAGCUACGUAUGUCGUUGGCACGCUUGUAAACUUGUGAAAUUGAAGAACCAAGAUUGCUACCUUUUAAAUAUUUAUGAUUGUAUUUUGUUUGUUGCAAUAGAACGUUGUCUUCUAAGGCAUAUAUGUUUUAUUUGUGUGUCACUUUCUGUUUUUUAUCUUUCUGUGACCAAUGCUGUGUAAC